GCGGCGCUGGAUCCGCGGCGACCCGAUCGGUGGCGGGAGAUGUCGAACCCCGGGACGCGCAGGAAUGGCUCCAGCAUCAAGAUCCGCCUGACAGUAUUGUGUGCCAAGAACCUUGCGAAGAAAGACUUCUUCAGACUCCCGGAUCCUUUUGCAAAGAUUGUGGUGGACGGAUCUGGGCAGUGCCACUCAACAGACACUGUGAAAAACACUCUGGACCCAAAAUGGAACCAGCACUACGACCUAUAUGUCGGGAAAACGGAUUCUAUAACAAUCAGCGUGUGGAACCACAAGAAAAUUCACAAGAAGCAAGGGGCUGGCUUCCUGGGCUGUGUGCGGCUGCUGUCCAAUGCCAUCAGCAGGUUGAAAGACACCGGAUACCAGCGUUUGGAUCUAUGCAAACUAAAUCCCUCAGAUACUGAUGCAGUUCGUGGCCAAAUAGUGGUCAGUUUACAGACGCGGGACAGGCUGGGUGCUGGCGGAUCAGUGGUGGACUGCCGAGGACUACUGGAGAAUGAAGGAACUGUGUAUGAGGAUUCAGGCCCAGGCAGGCCGCUGAGCUGCUUCCUAGAAGAGCCAGCGCCCUACUCAGAUGGUCCUGGGGCUGCUGCAGGCGCAGGGGGCUGUCGGUUUGUGGAGUCCCCUGGCCAGGACCAGCGACUGCUGACCCAGAGGCUGCGGAAUCCUGAGGUCCGAGGGUCACUACAGACGCCUCAGAAUCGACCCCACGGCCACCAGUCGCCAGAGCUGCCUGAAGGCUACGAACAAAGAACCACGGUGCAGGGCCAGGUCUACUUCCUGCACACACAGACAGGCGUGAGCACCUGGCAUGACCCCCGAAUCCCCAGAGACCUUAACAGUGUGAACUGCGAUGAACUGGGACCUCUGCCACCCGGCUGGGAAGUCCGCAGCACAGUGUCAGGGCGGAUUUAUUUCGUCGAUCAUAAUAACCGAACUACCCAGUUUACAGACCCACGGCUGCACCACAUCAUGAAUCACCAGUGCCAACUCAAGGAGCCCAGCCAGCCGCUGCCUCUGCCCAGUGAGGGCUCCGUGGAUGACGAUGAGCUCCCGGCGCAGAGAUACGAGAGGGAUUUAGUGCAGAAACUGAAGGUGCUCAGGCACGAGCUGUCGCUUCAGCAACCCCAGGCUGGCCACUGCCGCAUCGAAGUGUCUAGAGAAGAAAUCUUUGAGGAGUCGUACCGGCAGGUCAUGAAGAUGCGGCCCAAGGACCUGAAGAAGCGGCUCAUGGUCAAGUUCCGAGGCGAGGAGGGGCUGGACUACGGGGGCGUGGCCAGGGAAUGGCUUUAUUUAUUGUGCCACGAAAUGCUAAACCCGUAUUACGGACUCUUCCAGUACUCCACGGACAAUAUUUACAUGUUGCAAAUCAACCCCGACUCUUCCAUUAACCCUGACCAUCUGUCUUACUUCCACUUUGUGGGUCGCAUCAUGGGCCUGGCUGUGUUCCACGGCCACUACAUCAACGGGGGCUUCACAGUGCCCUUCUACAAGCAGCUCCUGGGGAAACCCAUCCAGCUUUCAGACCUGGAGUCCGUGGACCCAGAGCUCCACAAGAGCUUGGUGUGGAUCCUGGAGAACGACAUCACCCCGGUGCUGGACCACACCUUCUGUGUGGAGCACAAUGCCUUCGGGCGGAUCCUGCAGCACGAACUGAAACCCAACGGCAGGAACGUUCCGGUCACAGAGGAGAACAAGAAAGAAUACGUGAGGUUGUACGUGAACUGGAGGUUCAUGAGGGGAAUUGAAGCCCAGUUCUUAGCGCUUCAGAAAGGCUUCAACGAGCUGAUUCCUCAGCACCUACUGAAGCCCUUUGACCAGAAGGAGCUUGAGCUGAUCAUUGGUGGCCUGGACAAGAUCGACCUGAACGACUGGAAGAGCAACACGCGGCUGAAGCACUGCGGGGCCGACAGUGACGUGGUGCGCUGGUUCUGGCAGGCUGUGGAGGCCUUCGAUGAGGAGCGGCGCGCACGGCUGCUGCAGUUUGUCACUGGCUCCACGCGGGUCCCACUUCAGGGUUUCAAGGCGUUGCAAGGCUCUACAGGCGCGGCAGGGCCCCGGCUCUUCACCAUCCACCUCAUUGAUGCCAACACCGACAACCUUCCCAAGGCCCACACCUGCUUUAACCGGAUCGACAUUCCACCCUACGAGUCCUAUGAGAAGCUCUACGAGAAGCUGCUGACAGCGGUGGAGGAGACCUGCGGCUUUGCCGUCGAGUGAGGAGGGCCACACAGACAGCUCACGGCCGCCGCUCCCAAAGCAAACGCUCCGAGUGCCUCCAUUCGACCGUCCGUGAGGCUGGCUGAGCACUGGGGUUCCUGAGAACCUGAGAGAAGAUCACCCCCUUUCCUUGGGGGAGUGUGGGGGCUGGGGAUUGGUCGGUGCUCGUGCCCCCCCCUUCCAUCACCCAUCCAAUCAAUGCCGCCAGGCUGACUCGGCUUCUGCUGCCGGGACCUCAGCUGGGUUUCCUGGGGGGCUGGAGCUGGGAGUGGGGUCAACCUCAAGGUGCCUGCUCGUUCCACCCAGCAGGAAGCCCAAGCUCCCCUCGAGAGGUGAAGGAACGGGGGUGCUCACCCAAGGCCCAGGGCUCCUCUUCAGGAUCUCUUGGCUCUUUUGUUUGAAUGGAAAGUCUCCUCUGAAGAGUCCCUCUUGCUGCAUUAUCAGUCCAGUUGAGAAUAUUUUUCCAAUGAAAUCACAUAAUGGAGCUUAGGACAGACCAAAGCCAGCCUCGGGCCCGGCUCCCCACCUGCACUGAGCUGAGCCUGACAGGUCACUGGAAUAUGGACCAGGAAGGCAGACAGCUCACCUCUGACCUCAGCCCCCUAUUCCCAGCAGGCCCGGGUCCCCCCUUCCAUUUUGCACAGAGUCCAAACAGUACUUACCCGAGUGGCUUAGCGGGGCCUGAACUGUGGUCUGAGACGGGUGUGGCGGCUCCUUGGUCUGAGUCUUGCUCCAGAGGGAAAUUUCACCAAGAAUUGCCUGUUUCCUGUGGCUUCUAGAAUUCUGGAUUCAGGUGCCCUGGAAGAUACCUGCUUCCCCUCAGCUGGGACCCUCGCAGGGUGGGAUUAGGGCUACAAUGGGCCACUGUCCUCUCAGCCAGAUGGGCCCAGCGAAUGACACCACACUGAGCAAGCAAGACUUGCUGAUCUUCUAGAACCUUCGUAUCAGCAGUGCUCAGGCUCUGGAGCCCCCCAAAGAACACAGGCUCUCAUGGUUUGGUCUGUCCAUGCCCCGCUCACACUUCCCUCCUCCGCGCACCCCUCAGAGACGUCGCACCCCACUCACUCUUGCCCAGUGUGGUAGGAGAGGGAGGGCCCGCCGCUGGCGACGUCCCGGUCAGGGUCCCGUCCAAGCGGCUGGGACGGCUUCGCAGGGACACACCGCCUUCCUGAGACAUAGUAUGAAUUGAAAAAUUGGUUUAUUUUUGUUCCUCAACCACUUUCUAAUGUAUUUUUAAUUUAUUUUGUAACGUCUUGUUUUUAAGUGUUGCUGCUAUUCCUCGUUAUUCUUCCCACUGUUUUUAUUGCUGAUUUAUUUUGUGAAAGUUGUACACUAAUGUUCUGUUUCUAUGUCAGAAAUCAAAAGUAUUUAAAGAAAUACUAGUUCUAUUUAAUGCGGUUAUGGAACCAGCUGGAAACAAGACAAGCAGAGACUGUACAGCAGGCUGGGCCCAGGGUCAAGGUCAUUUUGUUACAUAUGCAAUAAACUCACAACUUUACUUUU